AUCCUGUUCAUUAAUCUGUCUCUCUCUCCCCAGAUCCUGUUCUGUACAUUGAACACCCAUAAGAUCGACAUGGAGAAGCUGCUUGGUGGUCAGAUCGGCCUGGAGGACUUUAUAUUCGCCCACAUUAAGGCGAUUAAGAAGGAGGUGGAGGUGUUUAAGUCCGAGGACGCCCUGGGMCUCACCAUCACAGACAACGGGGCGGGAUACGCCUUCAUCAAGCGUAUCAAGGAGGGCAGUGUUGUGGAAAAGGUGAAGGGGAUCUCUGUAGGAGACCACAUAGAAUGCAUCAACGGCAAGAACAUAGUGGGAACACGUCACUACGAGGUGGCUCGCAUGCUGAAGGAGCUGCCUAAGGAGCAGAAGUUCACCCUCAAACUGGUGGAGCCCAUGAAGGCCUUCGAGAUGCUGGAGCCGAGGUCGAAGGGAGUCAAGCCGGCCAGUGAGAAUAAGAUGGGGACAGGGAGAGGGACUCUGAGACUUCGCUCCAGGGGCCCUGCUACCGUAGAGGAAGUG